UGUUGGAAAGUAGAGGAGCGUGUGGAAGCCAUGGCCUCUCAUUCCCAUGGUCCCAUGAUUGUUGAUGAAAUGACAGUAUUAGGUUGUAGCCUUUCAUUUCAUUUCUUAUCUACAGGCGUGGGCUCCUCUUCUACUACAAGCUGAGUAAGGCAUACGAACAAGGUCCAGAAGGCAGUGGCCAAUCAUAUUGGUAGAGCAGCAAAAUGGCCAGUUCACCAGCGCUUUCCAGUGCGACGUUGAACACCUCCUUCCUCCGUAAGCAGCCAGCAACAAGGCUAGGGUCGGUGUUGAACUUUGGCCAAGAUUUGUUUGGGCUGAAGGGCGGCAGCAGCCGAGGUGGGCGAGUGAUUGCAAUGGCAGAGUACAAUGUGAAGCUGAUCACACCAGCAGGAGAGACGGAGUUCAAGUGCCAGGAUGACGAUUACAUUCUGGAUCGAGCCGAGGAAAUGGGAUUUGAUCUUCCAUAUUCAUGUAGGGCAGGGUCUUGCUCUUCCUGUGCAGGGAAAGUAGUAUCAGGGAAGGUGGAUCAGUCAGAUGGGAGCUACCUUGACGAGGAUCAGAUGAAUGAAGGUUGGGUUUUAACUUGUGUUGCUUACCCGCAGUCAGAUGUUGUCAUUGAGACACACAAGGAGGAAUAUCUAUUUAGUUAGUUAGUUAAGUCUGCUUCAAGAUCUAGUUAUUCAUCUCCAUGAAAUAAUUCUGGUUUACCUUCAGGUCCUUAAUCAGAUGUCUCAUGGAGUUUUCAUCUUC